UAUAGUUGGCGGCACAGUGAUCUCCUCGACGAGCUGCCGCAUGGCCUUCGUCAGGUUCGUCUAGAGACUAGAGGGUCUUAUUGUCGGCAACGUUACGACGGGAGUAGAGCUCCCUGCUGCAUGUCUGGCGCAAGUCAGUUUCUCUGAAGAUGUCAACACCCAACAAACCACCAACCAGCACUGAGGAUCAAGAACCCUUAUGACCAGCUUUAAAUCUCUUGGGAUGCUUCUUCUUGUUGUCAGCCGGCCACAACAGACAUGCUGCUUGAAGAUGGAUUUAUAGCCUUUGCAGCCCGUGGGCCACAUCGAUUUCAUUCUGUAUAUGUCCGACUCUUAGCAUCGGGUUCUGAUUGGUCGUCGAAUCACUCCUAAAUACAGUAGAUUAUCUCACUACUUCCACGACGGGUUCUUGUGGUUGCACAGCCAGCAUAUGCAGUCAGAGAGGCCAAAUGAUACGACAAGCAGCAAGGCACGGGAGAACGACCCGUUGGCUCUGUCUUCCUUGGUCAACCAUCCACCCUCGAUCCCCUCUGUGCGCCCAAACCCACAAAAAUGGAGGGCGACAGCCAGACACCGCGGGCAGCGGUCAUCGUAUCCAAGGUGCUCGAAGACGACGACCUCCUCGUAGAGAUCCUUCUCCACGUCGGAUUCCCCACCACCCUCGUCCGCGCCGCCCUCGUCUGCAAGCGCUGGCUGGGGCACGCCUCCGAGCCCGCCUUCCUCCGCCGUUUCCGCAAGCUCCACCCGCCCCGCCUCCUCGGCUUCUACAUCGACGACAGGUACUGUGACUCCGCUCCGCCAACCUUCGUCCGGAUGCUGCCGCAGCCCGCAGAGCUCUCUGCCAUCGUCCGCCGCACAAAUUUCAGCGCCUACAGGAGGCUAUCGCCCGGCAUGCUUGACUGCCGGAACGGCAGCGUAUUCACCACCUUGUACACAGACAAGAGCGCUCUUGGGGUGCACCGCCCGCUGUGCCAUGGGGGAGGUCUGACCAUCGUCCCAUCACUCCCACGCCCUCUACUCCCCUUGGGCAGUUCCUGCACUUUCAGACAAGUCCUCUCCAAGCAAGGGGAUGGCCUGUCCUACUACUACUUGUACGUGGAGUCUAGCAACCAAGAAUAUAGGAUGCACGUAUAUAUGAUGCAGGAUGGUUCCUGGCGCAGGCAUCAUCUCUUGGACAUAGGCCAACUCCUUCGUCCUCGUUCAAAACCAAAAGCUGUGCUCGUCGGCAAUAAAAUUUACAUGGCGGCUGGCCCAACCAACAUCGUUGUCUUGGAUUUGAAGACAUUGAGUUUCUCCACAGUUCAGCUUCCACAAGGAGUGGAGCAUGGCAGCAGAGGCACCACCAUGUUGUCACGGGCCGGUGAUGCUUCUGGUGUAUAUCUCAUCCACGUUAAGGAGUUUCAACUCCGCAUCUGGCUCCGCAAGGAGGACAACUGGUUGCUGGUCGAUAGCAUCUGCCUGCAUGAAAUGUGUGCUAAUUUGAGGAAGUCAGAUUCUACAAUCAAGAAUGGGCAUAAUGUUCUUCUCAUGGACCAGGUGGUGGACUAUGGUGACUUUGUGUUCUUGCAGAUGGGUGGAUGUGUACUGCACUUGGAUGUCAGGUGCAGGACACUACGUAAAGUGUAUGAAUACAGAAGCACUCAUCUUGGUGAUAUCCAUCCUUUUACAAUGAUCUGGCCUCCCGCAUUCCCCACGGUCAAGUACGAAUCCUGCAAGGUUUGUCUUCUGGUAUUUUGAUGAUCUUGUUGAGGUUACAUAGUUAUGCAAUGUAUAUUGUCCAUCACACUAUUUUCAAAUUGUGUUAGCUACAUGAUAGAUUCCUUAGGAUAUUGUACAAUACUGGUUAACCGACAUUGAUAAGUGCUUUUGCCGUAAGACAAUCUGAAAUCACUUGUGCGUUGUGAUAAUAUUACAAGGUGUUCAUUUCUGGUCAUUAUUUGGGACACACUUUUGUAUUAGGGGUGUUUGAUGAUGAGGGUAUCCCUUGUGCAUGGGCAUGUGUCUUGGUUGGCUAGUUGAUAAAGAUAACCGUGUGGAUAGAUAAAAGAAAAAAUAGAGUGGUAGGGGUUACAGUUAUUUCCUGCUUGCCAAAAGAUUACAGAAGACUACCUUUAAAUAUGAUGGACCCCUAAGUCAAAGAAACUGCUUGGAUGUCGUUUUUCUUUUUUGUACAGACUCAGGAUUAGUUAUAGAAUUACAUUUGACAGUGUUGAUGGUUGUCUUGCCGUUUGCUAGACAUGUACUCCCUCUAUAAAGAAAUAUAAGAGCAUAAGACUACGGCAUGUAGAAUGCUCCAGGGAAUGGUUACUUCUGCUAACACUUGUAUUGGCAGCAUAUGCCAUUCUUCUUAAUUGGUGCUUCUCCUAAUUACAGACUCAUAAUUAUUAAAAUUUUAGUGGUGCUGAAACAUGAAUUGUUUGGUGUUCUAGCUUGGAACAUCAUUCUCCUGCGUUACUGCUUUUACCAUCAUUCUGCCGCAUCACUGUUUUUACCAUCGUUCUGCUGCAUUUCUAAACUACCCAGCACCUUUAAGUGCAAAACUAAAGCUUGGACCUACACAAGUUUACAACAUGUUAAUUUUUCAGAAUGUUGGCUUCUAAGCGUAAUUUCUUAGUGGAUUGUAUAUUUCUUAUGCAAGAUUUCUGAUUUAGAUAUAUCAUAAUGGUUUCUCAAAAAAAAGUACAUCAUAAUGAAAAUUGCCUUCCAGUGGAUAAUACAAGUUAACUGUGGGUAAUUUAUGCUUGCAUGGCAUUUUCCCUUCUAUGAUCGGAGGUUUGUUUGACUGGACUGCACCCUAUAUAGUGGAAAGUUACAUGUCUGGCAUUUGAAGGCAUUUAACCUACAACCCUGAAGCUUUUAAGAAUAUUUGUCGAAACAAAUGCUAUUUUGACUUUCGAGCAUAUAUACAUGAUACUUGCUACUGUUGUACUAGCCACUUGUCUUUGUUGCAUGAUUUGUUUUGUUCAUUUGAUAUUCAGAUACUUCAUUAUCUCCAUGCUGACCUUUCUUCUGUUUUCCUUGAAAAUAGAACUGCAACCUAAAGAAGAAAGAUACAAGGAAGCUCAUGGAUUGUACCUACGUCGUGAAUGACAUGGGUGGAAUCAAGUAAGAGCAGUAGUCUGAAGUAUUUCCUCUAGUACCUUGUAGCAGUUUUAAUUACCAUGUAACUGGAGCAUGUACUCCUACGCAACUUCUCUUAUGCAGUUAUCUCGUCUCAUCUGCUUGCUUCAAAGUCUUAUGAUUCCACUGCUUGGCUACUUAUAAAUUUGGAGAAGCACAAUUGCAAAAUCUGUUUCAGUUUGCAUAUUUCUCUAAUAAAUUUGGAGUAAUAUAAAAGAAAGUUUCUUUGAGGCCCUGAAAAUGUACUUGUGUGCUGGUUCAGAGCAAGGAGAGACCCAUGGUAUAUGCAGCAGUAAGCUCUGGCAAAUGCAUCGAUCACUACUAGCGAGGGGUAAGACAACAGAGUGUUGAUGAACUGAAGUCAGUAGAAAAAAUAACAAUCUGAGAGAUGGAUGCAUCUAGCAGUCCUACUGAACAAAGCUGCUGGUGGUCCUUCCUGCAAGUUGAUGCUGACGGAGAACACAACUUUAAGGCUGCAGAGUGCAAGUUGUCCUUCCUGCAAUCACGGAAGACAAAUUAAAGGGAAGAGAUAUAGAAAUACUAAAAAUAAUAAAAGAAAAGGUGUUAAUAAUAAUUCAGUGUUUAAAGUAUUUGAGGGGUAUACCGGACACAUAUAUACAAAAUACAUACGUGUGCAAAGCUUUAAAUGAUAAUUGAAUAAAAGAAAUACAUAUUUAAAUUACUUGAUUUCAUUUUUCAGAAGUGCAAUUUUUUGUUAUUUUUGGAAUGCAUUUCACUUAGUUUCACUAAUGAUUCAGUAAUAUUUUAAUACAUUUCACAAAAAAUAUGUGCUUUAGUAUUAUUGUAAUACACUUUACAACAUGUUCGAAAUGCAUUUUGACAUUUUCAAAUGCUUUUGAAAUGCAUAUCGGUCAUCAUUGGGUCUAUUCAAAUAUAUUUCACAUUUUUUUCCAAAUGCAGUGCAACAGUUUUCAAAUUCCAUUUCAAUUAUUGAAAUACAUUUUAGUCUUGAUUCAGUAAUAUUCUAAAACAUUUGACCGAAAUGCGUUUGAAACUACAUUGAGUCAUGACUCAAAUGUACUUCAAAUGUAUAGAAAUGUUGAAUGCAUUUGGAAAAAAAUCAAUUAAUCAAAUCAUUAUCGUAAUCGAAAAUAAUAUAUCAUAAAUGAUUUAAAUUACUUGAAAAUAAUUUUUAGAUUUACUAAAACAUGAACUAAAU